AAAGUACGGCAAGAUAGCGAGUGGGAGCGGGUGUAUGAUAUUGCAAAACCGGCUGGGCCGGGUACUCGCGCGUAGAAAUUAGAAUACAGACAUUCAAUCAUCAUGGCGAAAGGAUUAACCCGAGUUCUGGAAUGGGUGAUUGUGGUUUAUUUUGCCAGCCACAUCAUCAUCACGAUCUUCUUCGAUUCACAGGCGAUUAUGCCAUCAUGGCUCUACCCGAAAGUGUUUUUAGAUCUUGUUAGAGACUACUGCAUAUUCAUGAAGGAUGAAAUGAUGGCGGAUCCCUCAGCCUACCCAUGGUUCAUGUCCUUCGUCUACGGUGAAUGUCUGCUGCAAUUCCCAUUCUUCUUUGUUGCAACCUAUGCCUUUUACAAAGGGAGCUGUAAGUGGAUUCGUAUUCCAGCUAUCAUUUAUUCCGUCCACACCGCCACCACACUGCAAGCAAUCUUCGCUCAUAUGUUCUUUCAAGACUUCACCAACUCUCCCCACCCAGGGCCAGUAACUUUAGAGGAACGACUGAAGCUUGCGGCCAUAUAUUGUCCUUACUUCUUUUUACCUGUGCUGAUUCUUUUACUGAUGCUGUUUAGUGAUGAUUACAAACCGGCAAAGUCCCCAGAAAAGCCUGCUGUAAGCACUGGGACCUCUCGCUCAAGGAAGCACAAAACUCGUUAAGUAAGCUUGGAGUGGAGUUAUUCUAUAAAUGAAUGGUCCAAAGUGUGACAUUUUCCCUGUCCCUGUUACCUUGGUACUAUAUAAUUUGUCAUUCAAGUAUAACUAACAAUGACUUCAAAUGAGCAUAAUUUAUUUGUUGGUAGGUAGUUUGCCAUUCAUAAUCACUCUUGGAGGACGACUGCAUUAAGUAGUGCAUCUACAUCAGAAUUAUAAAUCGUAGAUGUUAGAUGUAACAGGACAGGAAAAAGUGGACCCCAAAUUUGUAGAAUGACCAAGAAGCAAGUUUAAAUUUGAGAAUCUGGCCAAAAAUGAAGUAAUUAUUUGACAGUAAUAAUGUUUAAGUUAGGAUUGUAACAACUGACUGAGAAUGAACAUGAUCAAAUUGCAAAAGUAAUACAGUCGUUUUGUUCAUCAUAUGCCAAACACUUGGAGGUCCAGAUAACCUUUUGGAAAGUUAACUUCUUAUUUUCUACUUUUCUUCCCAAAUUGUCUUAAAAUUACCGUGUUUUGUUUUCCCCUUUUCAUGUAACCUAAUCUAAAUACAUGUAAUGAAGUAUAUCUUAUUUAACCCUAAUCCUUAUGGGACCGUGACUGGUUUACCAGUUUUUGGCUCAGGAGAUAAAUUUAGUUGUUUUUUUUUAUUAAUUCUGUAAGUUUUCAAUAGUUGUGCAAUUCGAUUACGUAGAUUUGUAAACACAAUGACAUUUAAUCGACAACCAGUCAAUUCUAAAGCCAAGCAAUUGUAAUUAAUUCUUUUGAUUAAUUAACCCAUUAUGUCUGAAGUUGAACAAAAGUCGGUUCGCCGAUCCUCUGGCCUUUGCCACUGUGUUACUUUAAACUGUUCAAAAAGAUUUUUAAAAAAUCCAGUACUUGGUUAAGAAAUCGAUUUUGCGAACCCCUUUUAAUCUUAGAAGCAAUUGACCAGUAUCAUGUUGCCAUCUUCUUGGUUUCCCCCCCCCCCCCAUUCAGAUCAACGUUACCAAAGUGAGGCCGAUAGGGAAAAUAGUCUGAUUCCUUUUUGCAUGAAAAACAUCAUUCAGUACUGUCAUUGGAUACAGGAAGCAUGACUGAAAUGGUGGCAGCAUGAUAAGGGUCUAUUGUAAUCGUGAAUCGUCUUUUCUUCAGUUUAUUAUACUUUUGUUCAGCUUUGCAAAACCGUGAAGCCAAAUUUCACUAUAAAUAUUGCUUUCUUAAUCUUGGAUUCAUCUCCAAAAACAUGGGGGUGAUGAAAAAAAGUGUUACACAAAAUCUGCUAAUUAAGAUUCACUUAGGUCUACUGGUGUUUAUUUUCUGCACAAAUUUAUGUCAACCUUUAGAAUACAUGUUAGAGAAAAAAUGGGACGUUGAAAACAGCCGUAUUAAGAGUGAAAUAAUUUUUCAUUAAAAAAUUGUCUCUUUUUGAUAGAACUGAAA